AUUAUCAACCGAAAGCAAGGACAUUUUAGUCAAAUGCUCUCUCGCUCUCACAACACACACCCCAAAAAUUCCUCUUUUUACCUUAAAAUAAAAACGCAAAAUUUUAUAAACCUCUUUACAGAAUUUAUUGCAGCAGAAUAUAAACUCUUACUAAUUGUUAUAUACACCAUUUUUUCAGUAAUGGCGUUUUGACGUUCUAUCCUUCCAUUUUUUUGCUACUUCAUCACUCUUUCUUGUUACUUCCUCUAUUCUUCUCUUCACUCUAUUUUUCGAGGGAAUCAUAAGAAAUUAAAAUGAAAUUUCUUUUUGAAAUUUCCUUCAUUUUUUUCUUUCUUCAGGUCUUACUUGCAACGUUUACAACCCAAGCAAAUGUAUCAAAUACACGUUUUCUUUUGACAUCCAAUGACACAAAUGGGGUGAAGCAUGCACCAGGAUUUUGUGCGAUGUAUGACAUAUGUGGUUCACGAAGUGAUGGGAAAGUUUUGAAUUGUCCUCUCAAUACUCCGGCUGUGAAGCCGGGUUCUCUAUUAUCAUCAAAGAUUCAGAGUUUGUGCCCCACAAUUACUGGUGAUGUCUGUUGUACAGAGAAGCAAUUUGAUACACUAAGGAGUCAAGUCCAGCAAGCUAUUCCCUUGCUUGUUGGCUGUCCUGCAUGUUUAAGGAACUUUUUGAAUUUCUUUUGUGAAAUGUCCUGUUCUCCUAAUCAAAGUUUAUUUAUCAAUGUCACGUCGACCAAAAAGGUUAAUGACAGUGUGAUUGUGGACGCUAUUGAAUUUUAUGUAACUGAUGCUUUUGGUGAAGGGUUGUACAACUCUUGCAAGGAUGUAAAGUUUGGUACUAUGAACACCCGCGCCAUAGAAUUUGUUGCUGGUGGUGCACAAGAUUAUAAAGGGUGGUUUGCUUUCGUUGGUAGGCAAGUGGGCCUUAAUGUACCCGGUUCACCAUAUGCCAUAAAUUUCACCUCCAUUGUACCUGAAUCUUCUGGAAUGAUUCCCAUGAACAUAUCUGCUUACUCAUGUAGUGACACUUCGCUCGGUUGUUCUUGUGGAGACUGUCCUUCCCCUACUUGCUCUAGUUCAGCAGCUCCGUCCAUCAGCAAGAGAAGUACCUGUUCUGUUAAAAUGGGUUCUGUAGAGGCAAAAUGCAGUGAUAUUGUGGUGGCAGUUGUUUUUGUUGUAUCACUUUCUGUAUUUCUUGGGUGGGGUUUUGUCAAUCAGAAGAAAAAAAUGAGUCCAGCUUCUAGAACAAAACCAUUGACUAGUACCGCCAGUAGUGAUGGUAGGCCUUCAAUUGACCAGAAAGAAGGGCUUCCUCUACCAAUUCUACGUGAUAGAGAGCGCCUUUCUGGUGAAGCAAGGCUCUCUUUGGUUCAAGGAUACAUGUCAAACUUUUUCAGGACAUAUGGUGCAUGGGUAGCCAGGAAACCAGUUCUUGUUCUCUUUUCAUCCCUGGCCAUCGUACUUGUUCUUUGUUUAGGUUUAAUUCGUCUCAGAGUUGAGACACGACCUGAAAAGCUUUGGGUUGGACCUGGCAGCAGGGCUGCAAAAGAGAAGCAUUUUUUCGACACCCACCUGGCACCUUUUUAUAGAAUUGAACAGCUUAUUAUUUCAACAAUUCCUGAAGAAGGGCAAACAAAAUCACCAAAUAUAUUGACAGAGGAUAGCAUAAAAUUACUUUUUGAAAUACAAAAGAAGGUUGAUGCAAUUCAAGCCAGCUUUUCUGGGUCAAAUGUAUCUCUAACUGACAUUUGCUAUAAACCACUUGGCCAAGAUUGUGCCACUCAGAGCAUUCUACAGUACUUCAAGAUGGAUGCAGAAAAUUUUGAGAAUUUUGGUGGAGUGGAUCAUGUUCAAUACUGUUUUGAGCAUUACUCUACUGCAGAUAAUUGUAGGAGUGCAUUUAAAGCCCCUCUGGAUCCUAGUACCGCGCUGGGUGGUUACUCUGGAAACAAUUACUCUGAGGCUUCUGCAUUUACAGUUACCUAUCCCGUGAACAAUGCAAUUGAUAGAGAAAGCAAUGAAACAAAAAGGGCUUUGGCAUGGGAGAGGGCGUUUAUUCAACUAGCAAAGGAUGAGUUAAUGACAAUGGUUCAAGCAAAAAACCUAUCACUCUCUUUUUCAUCGGAAAGUUCAAUUGAAGAAGAACUGAAGAGAGAGAGCACUGCAGAUGUCAUCACUAUAUUGAUAAGCUAUCUUGUGAUGUUUGCUUAUAUAUCACUUACUCUUGGAGACAAACCUCGAUUAUCUUCGUUUUUCAUUUCCUCCAAGGUUCUUCUUGGGCUCUCGGGUGUCAUGCUGGUCAUGCUCUCUGUACUUGGAUCAGUUGGAUUUUUCAGUGCUAUUGGAGUGAAAUCUACACUUAUUAUAAUGGAAGUCAUUCCUUUCCUUGUCUUGGCUGUUGGGGUGGACAACAUGUGCAUUCUGGUGCAUGCUGCUAAACGACAACCACAAGAUCUCACCUUGGAGGAACGCAUAAGUAAUGCACUAGUAGAAGUUGGACCAUCUAUUUCUCUUGCUAGUCUGUCCGAGGUUUUAGCAUUUGCAGUUGGAACUUUCAUCCCAAUGCCCGCUGUACGCGUGUUUUCUAUGUUUGCAGCUCUUGCUGUUCUUCUUGACUUCCUUCUACAAGUCACUGCUUUUGUUGCACUGAUAGUAUUUGAUUUCGUGCGAACAGAAGAUCAUAGAGUUGAUUGUUUCCCGUUCAUGAAAGCUUCCUCAUUCAAAGACUCAGACAAUGUUAAUGGGAGUAGUUAUAGAAAACCUGGAUUGCUUGCUCGUUAUAUGAAGGAUGUCCAUGCACCAAUUCUGAGUCUAUGGGGAGUGAAAAUAUUGGUUAUAUCUUUGUUUGCAGCUUUGGCAUUGUCCAGCAUUACAUUAUGCACCAGGAUUGAACCUGGUCUGGAACAACAAAUAGUUCUUCCUAGGGACUCUUAUCUGCAGGGAUAUUUCAAAAAUAUUUCGGACUUCCUCAGGAUCGGACCACCUGUGUAUUUUGUGGUGAAGAAUUUCAAUUAUAGCUCCGAAUCGGAACAAACAAAUCACUUAUGUUCUAUUAGCCACUGUCAAGAAAAUUCUCUUGUAAACGAGAUUUCCAAAGCAUCCUUAACUCCAGAAUCAAGUUACAUCGCCAAACCAGCAGCUUCAUGGCUCGAUGAUUUUCUAGUCUGGAUGUCUCCUGAAGCUUUUGGUUGCUGCAGAAAAUUUAUAAAUGGAACUUACUGUCCGCCUGAUGAUCAGCCUCCUUGCUGCUCUUCAGACCAAGCCACUUGCGGAGUUAGUGAAGUGUGCAAAGACUGCACCACGUGUUUUCUUCACUCCGAUUUGAUGGAUGAUCGCCCUACUACAGCGCAAUUUAGAGAUAAACUUCCGUGGUUCCUCCGAGCUUUACCUUCUGCUAGUUGUGCCAAAGGAGGACAUGGUGCCUAUACAAACAGUGUGGACUUACAAGGUUAUGAAGAUGGUAUAAUACAAGCUUCAGAAUUCCGAACUUAUCACACUCCACUCAACAAACAAACUGACUUUGUCAAUGCAUUGAGGGCCGCACGUGAAUUCACCUCUAAGAUUUCUAAGUCGCUGCAGAUGGAAGUAUUCCCAUAUUCAGUGUUUUACAUGUUCUUUGAGCAAUAUCUGGAUAUUUGGAAAACGGCACUGAUAAACCUUGCUAUUGCGAUUGGGGCUGUCUUUAUCGUGUGCCUGAUAAUUACCUGGAGCAUAUGGAGCUCAUUGAUCAUCCUACUUGUUAUAACGAUGAUCAUAAUCGAUCUGAUGGGAGUUAUGGCCAUUCUGAAAAUCCAGCUGAAUGCAGUUUCUGUUGUUAACCUUGUAAUGUCAGUUGGAAUCGCUGUUGAGUUUUGUGUACACAUGACGCAUGCUUUCUUGGUAAGUGGUGGCAAUAGGGAUCAACGUAUGAAGAAGGCUUUGGGUACAAUGGGAGCUUCUGUAUUCAGUGGAAUCACACUCACAAAAUUAGUCGGUGUUAUUGUUCUAGCUUUUGCCCGAUCACAAGUAUUUGUGGUUUAUUACUUCCAGAUGUAUCUCGCUCUAGUUAUCCUUGGUUUCCUGCACGGUCUAAUAUUUUUACCUGUAUUAUUAAGUUUGUUCGGACCACCUUCAAGGCUCAUUACAGAGAUCGAAGAUGCACGACCAUCAACAUCUUCAAUCUUCUAAGCGGGAUUCUCGAUCCAUUCUUUUAUUCGUUGGCUAAAAGAAAAUCAGUUUUGAGACCACAUUCUACCUGUAAAAUGAUGUUCAUUGACCCUUGUAGUUCUGUAAAGUGUAACAUAAUUUUUAUGAAUAGAAGAGUGUAGCAUAGAGAGACUUGAGAGCAAUGAUUUAUAUUCUUAAAUGUAAAUACAUUAUUGACACUAAUGAUACAUUCACUUUUAUCUUACUUUCUUUAGUUUGUCUUGACAUCAUGAGAGGUUAAUGUUCAAUAUUUGAUGUAAUCUGAAAAGUAGUAUGAUUUUUACUUGUAUUUCUUUUGCUAGCCCAAUGAGUCUAUAGUUUGAUUCAAAGGAAUGAUUUCGACUAGGUUUUACUUCGUUUUCUUGUUACUUCUAAUGUUGAAAUUGUUUGUCGGUUAGAUGAUGCAUUCUACCCUCCGUAAACGGGUUUUCCAAGAGAAUAGAAAAACUUGUAAGCUCCACACCAAUGUUGAGGUUGAUUGGUUUUUAGUUUAUCGGGGUGUUCGACAAAAUAGUUUGGAAAACUUGCAAGCUAAUUAACAAAGUUGCUUCCAUCAUGGUAUU